AAUAUUUAUACGAAGGUUCAUUCAUGAUAGUGCAUCCAUGUUAUUGGAACCAUACUCAAAUGAUCGAUCAUCCCUCCCUUCUCGUUCGGUCAUAUUAAUGGAGAAACAGCAUGUUUAACACCUCUACGCGUGUCUAUCCUUGUCUGCCUUGGCUUUUCGAUCCCGAGUCUGAACGUCUUGUCAGUCACAUGAUUUUUGUGAAAAAGAUUCAAUCCCACUCCUACGAAACACGGAGAUCACAGCUACACAGCUAUAAAUGCAGAUCUUAAAAAAGUGCUUUGUAAUCAUGCACAUCUUCAUCGACAUGCGUGCCUACUUUAACACCCUUCUCAAAUCUACCGAAAAUCGUUAGAUUAUGCCUCUUUGUUUCCAAAGCUUUUUUUCGGACUUACUGAUAAAAGGAUAUACACAGUGAAUAUGUACAGAGGAUCAGGAGAAUGUCAAAAGUGGGUAAUGGUGACUGACCAGAAACCACAGGGAUUGUAUGUUUGUAUAUGUACAGUGGGUCGGGUUUUUUAUGGGAAUUGGUUAUAAUGGUGAAUAUGGGAUUUGACACAGUUAAUUUACACAGUGAAUAUGCACACAACAUCAGGAGGAAGACGUAGUAAAAGUGGCCAAUGUUCCUUAAAAGAGAGCUCAAAGCAGGCCUGGAAAUUGAGGGUGGACCGCCUUUUUUUUCCCAAAAUACGUUUUUUGGUGCGUUUUGCUGCUACUUUAUAGUCAGAACCUUUAGCAGGAUACCUAUGGUGCUUUUUAGGAUCUUAAAAAAACAGGCGUGGGGUCAAGGACUUCGGGCUUGCCAUUAAGCUUAACUCAUAGUCACUGUUCCAAGCAAUUCAGUCUAAUGUUAGAGGGAUAUGUUAGAUGGUUUCUGAUGGUACAAAUAUUGUGGUUUGGCUUUCUGGAGAAGGGAAAUGGGUACAACAAACAGUGGGUGGUGAUGGUGGAUGCUGGAGUCUGGAUAUUCAUACAGUAGAUGUAGAGUUUGUCAGAAAAGUGGUGUGUGUGGAGUGUCCUGCAUGCAAAAUUUUCAAGACGGUCUUGAACUUCUAUAGAUUGUUGGCUUAAUCAUGGGUAGCUGCACUGUCAAAGUUUCAAACUUACCAUUGACAAUCAUUGCGAAGGAGUUGGUGCAGUAUCUGGAGGACAUCGCUGGUAAGGACAGUGUGUUUUCCUGUGAGAUCAAGACUGGCAGGAUAAAUUGGAAGUCCAGAGGAUAUGGCAGGGUCCAAUUUGAAAACCCUGAUGCAAAAGAUGAAGUAUGCAGGCUUUCUCAAAUGGGGCUGCCCUUGCUUCAGAAUGCUAACAUCGUCCUUUCCACUAUAGAAAAUGACAUGGUUCCCAGGGCAACAUACUCAAUUGGCAGACUGAAGCUGUUUGCAGGCUGCCCAGUGUUCCAUAAUGCAUUCUGUGUUUUAUGGUCUGCAACUGAUGUUGUUUCCGAGUUUGCACUAAAAACAAAAACGGUUAAAUUUUUUGUUACUGAAAGUGGAGUGGAAUAUAAGUUGGAGUUCAAUUUUCAAGACAUUGUUCAGACCUAUACAGGCAUUUUGAAAGAGACUGGGAGACAGGUUAUUCUGUUUCAGUUGCAGUCCGGUCCAAGAAUAUUUUAUAAGGUGGCCGUGCAGAAAUUAUCUGUAAGAUUUGGUGAGGAUCGUUACAAAUUUUGCAAAGAGGACACUGAGCUCCAGUGGGUUCGAACAACAGACUUCUCAGGAUUCUGUAGCAUUGGACAGUCCAGUUCAUUUUGUUUGGAACUUCCUGACAAUGUAGAACUUGCUAAAAUCAUAGAAAGCAUGCCUUUACACAAAUUCAUGGAAGAGGAACUUACUUUAGAAAGUGGCAAUUCAUUUUCACCCUUACCACAAAUGGUGCCGAAUAUUAGUGCUCCAGAGGGUGUUAAUCUGCCUUAUGAGAUACUAUUCCAAGUCAAUUCUCUCAUUCAUCGUGGGAUACUCAGUGCCCCAACACUUUGUCCUCAAUUUUUUGAUUUGCUAAACAAUGACAAGACACCGGCUUUACACAUAAAUCUGGCAUUGGCAGAACUGCAUAAAUUUAAGUCAAUAUGUUUUGAACCAGAAAUAUGGCUUAACAAUCAAUUAAAUAAGUUGCGAACUAGACACAAUCAAUUGAAAUCUGCUACAAUUUCUACAGAUAUUAGCAUAAUGAAAUUUUACAGGGCUCUAGUUACUCCUUCUAAGGUCUACUUUCUGGGCCCUGAGCUUAAUACUUCAAAUCGGGUUACAAGGCAGUUUGCAGAGUACAUUGAUGAUUUCCUCAGAGUAUCUUUUGUUGAUGAGGACUGGAGUAAGCUCCAUUCUACCGCCUUAACUGCAAAAACUGAAUUUGGGUUCCUAGCGAGGCCACAAAAAACACAAGUGUAUAAUAGGAUAUUGUCUACUCUAAAGGACGGCAUUACUAUAGGCAACAAAAGGUUUGAAUUCCUAGCCUUCUCAGCCAGUCAAUUGAGGGAAAACUCUGUCUGGAUGUUUGCUUCCAAUGACAAUAUUAGUGCUGACAGCAUCAGAAAAUGGAUGGGCGAAUUUAACUGUAUCAGGAAUGUAGCCAAGUGUGCAGCAAGAAUGGGGCAAUCAUUUAGCUCUUCCAGGAAGACGCUAAAUGUUAAGGAGCAUGAGGUUGUCCUCAUCCCUGAUAUCGAGGUCUGUACUGAAGGCAUCAAAUACUGCUUUUCAGAUGGAAUUGGGAAGAUUUCUUUCCGUUUGGCAAAACAGAUAGCCAAUAUAUGUGAAUUUGGUAUCCCCCCUCCUUCAGCUUUCCAGAUAAGGUAUGGUGGCUAUAAAGGUGUUGUAGCAGUUGAUCCUACUUCAUAUCACAAAUUAUCUUUGCGACCAAGUAUGCUCAAGUUCAAUUCAAAGAAUACAACAUUGGAUAUUUUAAAUUGGAGCAGAUUUUUGCCUGCCUUUCUUAAUCGUGAAAUAAUCACACUGCUGUCAACUUUGGGUGUUCCGGAUGAGAACUUUGAAUGCAUGCAGAAAAAGGCAAUGGUCCAUUUAGAUCAAAUGCUAGUCAGCAGAGAAAUGGCUACUGAUACAUUGCAGAUGAUGUUCUCUGGAGAUGAUCAUAAGUGUCUGAUUGAGAUGCUAAUGGGGGGCUACAGUCCAAAUACCGAACCUUAUCUUUCAAUGAUGCUUAAAGCAUUCAGAGAAUGUCAAUUGGCAGAGCUAAAAACCAAGAGCCGGAUAUAUGUCUCAAAAGGCCGCACCCUGAUGGGAUGUUUGGAUGAAACUGGGACUUUAAACUAUGGUGAGGUAUUUAUUCAAGUUUCUAGGGCAAACACCAAGCUUUUUGAUGAUGGGCUUUCUGAUUCUGUAUCCAAAGAAAUGGACAAGAAUUGUAUAUUGCAAGGAAAAGUUGUGGUUGCAAAAAAUCCAUGCCUUCACCCGGGUGACAUAAGAGUAUUGUGUGCUGUUGAUGUUCCUGAGCUUCAUCAUAUGAUAGACUGCUUAGUUUUUCCGCAGAAGGGAGAAAGGCCUCAUCCAAAUGAGUGUUCUGGGAGUGAUUUGGAUGGUGACUUAUACUUUAUAAGUUGGGAUGAAUUGCUUAUUCCACCAGAGCAAGAUCCGCCAAUGGACUAUGUUGGUCGACCAUCUGUUCAACUAGAUCAUGAAGUGACAAUUGGGGAAAUACAAGAAUAUUUUGUAAACUAUAUGCUUAAUGACAGCUUAGGUGUUAUAGCCAAUACACAUGUAGUGUAUGCUGACAAAGAACCAAACAAGGCACGGAGUCAGAAAUGCCAACUUUUGGCAAGGCUUCAGUCCAAAGCAGUCGAUUUCCCCAAGACGGGCAUACCGGCAGAGAUGCCCCUAUCCCUUUUCCCAAAGGAAUAUCCAGAUUUCAUGGAGAAAGAGGAUAAGCCCAUGUAUAUAUCCACUGGAGUUCUUGGUAAGCUUUAUAGAGCAGUGAAAGACACAGCAAAAGAGAGCCACUGUGUAUCAAUAUCUACAAGAGACGAUGUUUAUAAAGCAUAUGACAAGGAUCUAGAAGUUGAAGGGUUUGAGAAGUAUGUCGAAGAUGCGUUGAUGCAUAAAACUUGGUAUGACACUAAAUUAGCUGCAUUGAUGGAACAUUAUGGUGUAAAAACUGAAGCAGAAAUUGUGAGUGGAAACAUUAGCUUCUUCUCCAAGUUCUUCGACAAAGAAAAGAAGAGAUAUGGUGACAUCAAGGAAAAAAUUAUGGUGGCAAUGAGGUCUCUUCGUAAUGAAGCCAGGGGAUGGUUUCAAGACAGUUGCAAAGUGCACCAGAAUGACGCUGCAAUUGCAUCUUCCUGGUAUCAUGUCACUUACCACCCUAAUUUUUGGUCUGAAAGCCAUCUGAUCAGCUUUCCAUGGAUUAUAUAUGAUGUACUACUUAAUGUCAAAAAAUACAAUGAACUAAAAAAAUAACUCACAUCAACUGAAUUCUGAUGGUUCAACACUAAAUACUGUGAUGCUAACUGUGUGGUUCCAAGAAGUUGGAUUAGUUUUUGCCUCUUCUAACAUAUAUCAAAUAUCAAAGAUAUUUUUGGCCAUUAUGUGAAUAUAUUUUACCAUACGACAAUAUAUAUUUUUUUCUAAACAUUGCUUACAAGACAAGUGUAAACAUUAAAUUUAAUUAAAUCUUAGUCACUGACUUACACA